GCCGCCAACUCUCCUAGGACCAGAAUGAUUAUCCCUGCCCGAUGGGUCUACAUCCAUCCCUGAAUGUCGUCGGGUACUGUUAACUUCCCCGCCAUUCUUGUAACCGUCACCUGUAAUCUACGCAGGUGUGUUCGCACCCCCUUGAGUGGAUGAGAAAGAAAGGAUUUCUCGGAGCAACCCCCCAGGUUCCAGACCCAGGAGUCAACUUUCCCGUAUGAGCAUUCGAUAGGUCGUCUGAGGGUUCGCCGCGGUUCAUUGCUGUGCUUACACACUAGGCUACCCUUCUCCGAAAGCUCCGCGGGACCACCUACCACUAGUCUUCGGCCAAUGGUUCUUGAAAAUCUCUUUCAUUUUGAAAAUUUGAAAGAGAAUAAUGGGUAA